ACCCGGAAGUUAUUGCCACACUGGUCGCAGUGUGUUCCGCUGAAGAGAAACAGCAAAGCUUCCUAAAUUGUUUUCAGGUCUAUUUCAGUUAGAUAACAUUUCGACCAUAUGUUACUUGUUUGAAAGGUUGAUCAGCACAUGCAUUAGUGCCAUUUUGGGAUUAUUAGCUAACCUAGCUUCAAAAUCUUGACUUUGGCGCGUUCGUCUCCAGUGGAAAUGUCUGCGGAGGAGGCGGAUAAAACCACGACUGAUGCUAGCGCGGGUGACGAGGAAGAAGAAUGGCUAUAUGGAGAUGAGAGUGAAAAUAAAGACAAUGAAGAGGAAGAAGCCAAAUUGACAGCAGCAGUAAGUGCUGCUCCACCUGCCCCUGUCACAGAGGAGGCCACUGGCAAUGGAGUGACCAGUCAGAAAGAAACGCCUGCAGAUGAUGAGGACAGUGACAGUGAUAGUGAUGAUGACGAUGAUGACGUUCGAGUCACCAUUGGUGACAUUAAGACUGGAGCUCCGCAGUACACGACCUAUGGAGCCACACCAGUUAACCUAAACAUAAAGACGGCGGGUAGCAGACCCUAUGGGGCAGCCUCUGCCAAGCUUAAGGGAGUGGACCUGGAGGCCCCUGGUAACAUCAAUGGCGUCCCGGUACUGGAGGUUGAAAUGGAGACCUUUGAGGAAAAACCCUGGAGAAAACCAGGUGCUGACCUUUCUGACUACUUUAACUAUGGCUUCAACGAGGAUACUUGGAAAGCCUAUUGUGAGAAACAGAAGAGACUUCGUAUGGGAUUGGAUGUCAUGAACAUUUCCUCCACUACCAGCAAAAUCACAGUGCAGCAGGGACGAACAGGAAACACUGAAAAGGAAGUGGUGAACCUCACUCCCCACACAAUCAAGCCAGACUUCAAUUCCCCAACAAACAUAUACAACAAACCUGGAAUAAACCCCACCAGGAUAUCCCCUCCGCAGUGGACAGGCCCUACCAAUCAGGACAUGUCCUAUUAUACGAAAACAAGUGGCACGAUUGAUGUCAUUGGGGGAGGGACUGCAACCAUUAGUCGGGUUGAGGGACGACGUCGCCACAAUCAAGAAGGGAACAAUAUCCAGGUCAUCUCGGAACACUCCUCCUCGGACGCUGAGCCAACACCGGCCAAGAUGCCCCCCUUCUUCCCACCAGGACCCCUGCCUCCCAACAUCCCGCCUCCCCCGUUCCUGCCUCCUCCGCCCAACGUCAGCACCGCCCCUCCGCUCAUCCCGCCGCCAAGAAUUCCCAUCACUGUUCCUCCUCCUGGUUUCCCUCCUCCGCCUGGUGGCCCUCCUCCAUCCCUCAUGCCCACAAUGGACAACAGUGGGCAUCCUGGUGGAUACGAUGGACGUUCAGUCCCUCCUUACCCUUUCCCUGGAGGUGGCUAUCCGCCUCCCAUGCCGGGGGCAGUUGCUCAGUGGCCCACCAUGAUGGACAACUCCAAACAGUGGGACUACUACCCCCGGCGGGAGAAGGAGCGUGAAAAGGAGAGGGAACGCGAGCGGCCACGAGAGCGAGCCCACGAAAGGGAGAGAGAGCGGGAGCGAGAACACAGCCCUUCAGCCAUGGGUUACAACAGGUGCACUGAAAGCGCCGUCAGUCACAUGGAGAGUAGCAAUGACGAAGAACGGUAUCGGUACCGUGAAUACCCUGAGCGUGCCUACGAGCGACACCGCGAGCGAGCCAGCCGAGAGAAAGAGGAGCGACACCGGGAGAGGAGACACCGAGACAAAGAGGAGAGGGCACACAAGUCCUCCAGGAGCAGCAGCAGGAGGCGGCAUGACAGUGAGGAGGGGGACAGCCACCGCCGGCACAAGCACAAGAAGUCCAAGCGCAGCAAAGAGGGCAAGGAGCCCAGCGAGGAGCGAGCUGGAGAUCAGGAGAACCAGGAGGCCAUGGAGUAAACGAGCGCCUGUGCCCUUUCCAUCUUCCCACCCUCAUCUCAUUAAUUUGCCCUUCUUGCCCCCUUUGGGUCUCCACCAUCUCUUUCCAUGGAGCACUGUUGUUGAUUGUAUGUAAUCAUGCCUGGAGAGAGUUGUCGGCACCAUCACCUCACCCAGCCCCAUCCCAUCCUAUCUUUAUUUUGUCCUGAUCAGAGUUCAUUGUAAUUUCUGUGAGAUUUGUUUUUGUUUCUUCUCUCAAAAUGUACCAUGUAGAUGUCAUGUUAAAUUGGUUAAAAAAGGAAACGCUA